CCACAAAUCAAACAGCCGGCAGUUGUCAAAAUAUUUUGAUUUUUCAAAUUGCCUCGAAUUUUAGUUUAAAUCUAAAAAUAGUAGCCAAAUUUAAAGACUAAAAAACUCAAUAAGCCCAAAAUGUUUCGACAACCAAGGUUGACUAUGGAUAUUUCGCGAUGGAUAUUCAUGCCGUGGAGUCGCUCGGCAUCGAAUAUAGGUAAUCCUCCUCCUCCGCCACUGGCCAGCACUUUUGAGGAUGUUAUUGUGGACUACGAGGAUCCGGACUAUCUUCCAUUGCCAGAGUAUCCUGUACGUCCCAAUGAGCCGUUAAAUAUCCGGAAGCAACGACUGUUGUACCAGUCCCGCAAGCGUGGAAUGCUCGAAAACGAUCUUCUCCUGAGCACCUUUGCCGCCAAGUACCUUCAGAAUUUCAAUGCCGAGCAGACUGCUCUGUACGAUCAGUUGAUUAACGGGGUCAGUAAUGAUUGGGACAUCUACUACUGGGCUACCGAUGUGAAGCCCACGCCGAAAGAGUACGACACGGAGAUCAUGGGGCUGUUGAAGGAGCACGUAAAGAAUGCCGAGCGGGUCUCACGACUUCGCCAGCCGGAUCUCAAUGCUUAGUUUCCCCUGACCUUAUUUCAUUUUAAAUAACUUAGAUGUCUGCACGACUAUAGUUAUGAUCCAGGAGAUCAUUGUUUUUAUUAGAGAAGGAUAAGAAUAUCCCUAAUAUUAAAAAAGGCAAGUCCUUAAGUUUCACUUUUUAAACUACGCAACCAAAAAACUAUAUAGUAAUCCUGAUUUCUAGUCUUAAAACCAUGCAUAUUUAUUAUUAAAAAAGCUUAAAGCCAUAGAACAAUUUUAAA